AUGCCUGCCUGCCGCUACCUUGGUCACCUAGUUGCCACCCUCCUCCUUGGCCUGCUGCUGCCCCUCCCCCUCCUCAGGCCCCAGGUGAGCACAGGAGCAGAGAAAUCAGGCGUGUGCCCCGCGCUAGAGGUGGACCUGAACUGCACGCAGGAGUGCCUCUCGAAUGGGGAAUGCGCGGACAAUCUCAAGUGCUGCUGGGCCGGCUGCGCCACCGUCUGCCAGAUGCCCAAUGAAAAGCAGGUUUCUUGCUCCAAGCUGGACAUCGCCUGCCCCCAGCUCAGCCUCUGCCUGAACCAUUGCCAGGUAAACAGCACGUGUCUGGCCAGUUGA